UAAUCGCAUCUUUUAGAUCAGUUUGGUUGUUAUGAGGCCUGCAGGGACCAUAUUGUUAUAUAACCUUCCCAAAUCCAACAUUUGAAUUCAUUUCAAACACUUUAAGCCAAAAAAGUCACUUUAAUUCUCAACUGACAGGCGAGGAGAGCAAAACUCACCUCUUGUAUGUAACCUGAGACAAAAUCAAUCUGUACUUGUUGUACAUAUGUUGGUCAGCGCGCGGAGAUGGGAAUCCCCUCUUUUGUUUUAUAUUUUUAACUCUAGGGUGAAGUUAAACUACAAGCCAAAGAGGUUCCUGACUCUAUUACCCCUUGACCUGCCAGCUGACCUUGACGUGCCACCGUUCUUGCAGCGAGCGUGCCACAUGCUGCGCCUCUCCAAAGCGCGCAGAUUUACGCACGAACAAUCACAAGGCCCCCCCACGUACUGAGCGACUGUAGAAUGAUGAAAACUACAAAUAACUUGUUUAGAAACGUGACAAAGCAAAGUGAUUGCAUAUAUUUGCAGAGCAGAGCUACUAACGGGACUCUUGUGACAGCAUGUGUGCGUAAAAAGGCUGUUGGAGGCGAAUUUGGCAAGUGCAGAAGGAUAAACACGACGGAGGCAGGGUGUCAGUAAGAUUCUCUGUCCACCAUAUUCACACAAGUCCGAAAACAGAACCAGUAUGUGAAUAUACGUCACGUACGCCCCACCUUCCCGCUCUCUGUCUCUCUCUCUCUCCCAAACGCUUCCCUUUCAGCCCACACGCACUUUCCAUUCACUCACCCCUCCCCCUGACAUCAGAGGAGGCAGAGGCGCUCCUUCGCCCCGGUCCAAACUCCUCUUACAAAGCCCGACAUUAUAUCUGUCAGACAGGAGACCUGCAUGGACAAAACCGGGACUAAUACCAAUGUUUUCGUGCGUUUUACGGCGAUGAGGGAUUCCAGAGGCUUAACGCACCUCCAAUUACCAAAGAAGGGGCUAUUAAGCUCAAUUAUUUGUUAGAAAAGAGUGGCGAAGGAGAAGGGGUGUGCAUGUUACUCGGUGGGCUUCAUUUCCUCGGUGCUGCAGAGCAGGAGCUGGAUGACAUGAUGCUGCAGAGCCCGCUCACCUCCACGCCGUUUUCUGUCAAGGAUAUCCUCAAGCUGGAACAGCAGCAGCAGCAGCAACAACAGCAGCAGUCCGUGUCUCUGGAGCUCCAGCACCGGGCCCACACCCAGCAGCAGUUAACCGGGUCUCCUCCCCAGCAGCAGCAGCAGCAGCAGCAGCAUUUCCAAUCCCCGCCGUCCUGCAUGCUCGCCGGGGCCCGGGACAGUCCUUCCUUCUCGGACGGAGAGGACAACCUGGCUUACCUCAGCGCGCUGGCGGUGCGGGAAGAGGACCGAGGGGAGACCAGCCUGUCCCCGGACAUGUACGUUCACCCCGGCCUGCAGGGAGCCAAGCUGGAGGCCGCCGAGCUGGACGAGCAGGAGAACAAGAGCUGUGGCUUGGUGUCCCGAGAUGAGGCAACGGAAGGCGGGCAGGGCGACUCAGAGAGGCCGGUGCAGAAGCAGAGGAGCCGGCGGAGACCCAGGGUGCUCUUCUCCCAGGCGCAGGUCUUCGAGCUGGAGCGGCGCUUCAAGCAGCAGCGCUACCUGUCCGCCCCUGAGCGGGAGCACCUGGCCACCACCCUCAAACUCACCUCGAACCAGGUGAAGAUCUGGUUUCAGAACCGGCGCUACAAGUGCAAACGGCAGCGGCAGGACAAGUCUCUGGAGGCGGCGGGGCAGCACCACCCUCCGCCGCCCCGGCGCGUCGCCGUGCCGGUGCUGGUCCGAGAUGGGAAGCCGUGUCUGGGCGGUGCGCAGGGCUACGCCGCUGCUGCUCCGUACGGAUCCAACCCGUACAGUUAUAACGGAUACCCGGCAUAUACAUACAACAGCCCCGCUUACAACACCAACUACAGCUGCACGUACACCAGCAUCCCUGCCCUCCCUCCGUCCAGCUCCUCUAACGCCUUCAUGAACAUGAACUUGGGAAACAUGAGCGGCCUCAGCGGCUCCCCACAGGCCCAGACACAUCAAGGGACAGCGGUCACAUCGUGCCAGGGCUCCCUGCAGGGGAUCCGGGCCUGGUAGCCUCAUCACUACAGAACUGGUGUCUCUUUUUUAUGGAGCUCUUUGAUUUUGGUGAACAGACAAGCUUUUAGAAGUGUGUAAACUUGGUCAAAACACCUCAGAAAACAGUAUUGCUUAUGUAACGGAUGUGAGUUUGGAUUCACCUGUCAGAUGAGAUGAAAUGUCACUCAUAUUUUUGGCUACUUCGAGUAUAUUAUAGCCGAAGUAAGUGUGCGUAACGGCUGGACGUCACACUGUGGCAUCUGAACGGUCACAGCUUGGGUGAAAUUUCAUUUUAUGGUCCAAUAAUUCUCGGUGCUCCAGUUUGGCACUGUAGGACUGCAGCACAGAGGAGAAAUUACGCACAAGGUUGCGCAUUUCUCCUUAUUUGAACUCCAAAAGAUGAUUAUUUCUUUAAAUGUUUGUUUUUAACACGGUAUAUUUUUAGGCUUUGGAGAGACUGAAUUGCUUUAAAGUGUUUUUUUUUUUCAAACAGAGAAUUGUUUUAGUCUAUUUCACAUCUAUUCAAAUAAAUCAAAGAAACGAGAAAAGGUGCGUUUGAUUCUGUAUUCGGGUGAAGGAGAUUUUGGAUGUGUUGGAAUAAUGGGAAUUUUGCACCACAGUCACUUAAGUAAAAUGGAACUUCUCUCCAAAUAAUGCAAAGACAGAAUAAUAAUAGUAUAUAUAUUGUAGCUCCCAUGGGUCACGUAAGUGAAUCAGAUACACGGAGGCAAAUUUUGCUCGCAAACAUAUUAAGGGGAGAGCUGCUGGAGGAGGCCAGGCCACAGGAACUCUUUGUCCCAGUGCCAGGCGACGUGAAAGGAGGAAGUUAUUCUCCAUUUGAGGUCCUUAAAAGGACGCGAUUAAGCACCUAAAAUACCCCCGAAGAGCGAGCUGCAGCCGGGCUGGGGAGCGGGAAUAAUGGCUCUUAUUGGAUUGUCGGACAAAAGGUGUGUGGUAGGCAGAGCCGGGCACUCAGCAAAGACAAAGGCGCACAGGGGCCGUGAGAUUGACGUCCUAAUAUUCCCAUUUGAGGGACAGGCAGCGGGUUAUUCUGCGCAGAGAAGGGGACACGGAGGAAAAAUGUGGUCACUUUUGUUCCCCUUCUGGAGGCUUUUUUUGUUCGCGGAGAAAGGCUCUCCAAGAUCCCCAGCCGCGAGGCUUCGGGGGCAGCCGGGCUGAAGGUGAUGGCAGCGGGGAGGCGUUUGUGUGAAAGAAGGGGGUAUUAUUGCUACAAGUUUCACCAUUUAUCCUAAAAUGGACGGGAGAAUUUUAAGGGGGAGCCCGUUGAGGAGGAGGGAGAGAGAAGUUCGUGUCCUGUACGCUAUUAUUUCAGUUUAAGGGUUUUAUUUCAGCUCAGAGCGAUUCUUUUCUCACAGGUAACAGUUAAAUCCUGGAGGAAAAACGACUGCAGUGAUCCUGAAAUAAAUAGUUAGAUUGAAAUUUGAGAAAUAUCACAGAAAAACUCCAGUAUGUACUGAUUUCACAGGAUCCAGGUGUCAAAGGUCCUCAUUACGCACGACAGAAGAAAGAAAGGGAUCUUAUGGGGAUUUAUGGAUCAGUGGUUUUUGGUUAUAAAGACACAAAAGAUUUGGGCAGUUGUUGAUUCAAAAACCAAAAACAAAUUAAAUAUAUAUUUUGUUUUUUGCUAUGUCAAACUUUUGCUGGAUUGAUUGAGUCAUUCAGAAAAUUAAUAAAUAACAAUUUGAGUCAUUUGUCAAACGAAAACUGCCAAACUUUAUUUUAAUGCCCGCUUCUCAAACUAGAGAAUUUGCUGCUUUUAUGUGUUUUAUGUAACUGUAAAUUGGACUGAAGAAAUUUGUUUAACUAGGACGUUUUAAGGGGUAUUUUUUUUUUGUUGCUAUUUCCAUAUAUUUUAUACACCAAAUUAUAACUGAUUAUUUGAAAAAAUAAUCAGCAGGGCAGGGGUGAAGCUUUUUUUGGUUUAAAUAAAAAAGGGAGAUGUUUAGAAAAACUGAAGUGCUUCUUUAUUUAGAGUCGUGCAGCCUAAUUGGCGCUGUUAAAUUAGCCAUUACGCACAAAUGAGGGCUAAAGAAAUUACAUGUAGGGGUCAGUUUCAAACUAAACACGCCUCGAACAUUUUUUUCCUCCUUCAUGGGACAAAAACCUGCCAACUUGUUUGCUGGAAUAAUUCUUAGGAACAUAAAUGAUCAUGGAAGUUGUGUGAAAAUGAGGGAGGGAAAGCAUCAAUUGCCGUUUUGCUCUGCGCGUAAUUGUUCCCCCGGCCUGAGAACAGUUGUUUCCCAAACCCAUUCUUGUGUAAUUACACCCACACUCAUGUCCAUAAUGUGAGGCAGCAGCAAAGACUGAGAACAAACAGCAGGAGCCACUUUUAGUAAAACAGAAACCCCCAGACCCCGUUUAUACUGAUUUAUACGGGUUUUAAAAAGUGGAGCAGCUCUGAUGACUGACAGGAGAUCAGUAGCUCGUCAGUAUGAUAAACGAUUAUUUCUGGGAGGAACACAGUCUCAUGAAUGCUUCUCAUGGUGUAAUAUUUUAAAACAUGUCUUGAGUUAUUAUUUCCUGCCUCCAUGAAUAAUGUACAAGCUACUCCACGCACACUGUGAUCCUCUCUAUUUGAUUCAAUUAAAGCUGAUUUAAUUAAUAUGGUUGCUAUCGGCAGCGAUCAGUGCGUCUCCGCGGCUCCUCUCCGUGCCAGACAGUCGGUCUCUAAACUCAGAUUGAGAUCUGUCAGUCUGAGCUGUUAACAAGCUGAUCUCCUGUUUGGGACAAAACAGCGAUAAAGUCCACCACAGCGGCCUAAUGCCCUCUCCUUACUAAUGGGGAUUAAUUGAGAGGUAAACAGAAAGCUGAUAAGCCGUGCGCCCUGAGGUGCUGCCCGGCCGCUGGACAGAGACUGAUGGAGGCAAAUAAAGACGAGACAGAGAGGCGUCCGGCAGGAAA